AUGCCACUCCCUCUGCGAUCUGCCCUACUAGGAGCCAACGAAGGUCUGGUUUCCACAACCUUGCUGAUGAUGGGAAUUGAAGAUUUGAAAAAGGACGAAACAGCCAUGAUCCUCUAUGGGUUCAUUGGACUAGUUGCGGGUGCAUGUAACAUUGGCAUAAGAGAGUUCAUCGCUGUCUACUUGGAUAUAGAGGUGGCCCAGAUGAAUAGCCCGAUGCAGGCGGCGGCAGUGUCAGCUCACGCCUUCUUCAUCGGUGGGCUGAUUCCACUGCUGACGGCAGCAUUUAUGAAGACACAUAAGGUGGUAGGGGUGGUGAUAGCAGUGACCUUGGCAUUAAUGCUCUUUGGAGGUCUUAGAGCCAAGUUGGGGAGAAAGCCAAUAGGGAGAUGUUGUUUGAUGGUAAUGGUGGAAGGUUGGUUUGCAAUGCUUAUGAAUUUUGGCUUAAUGAAGUUGUUUCAGUCUCUUUCUCUUGGGUAGUAAAAAAGGUAUCCUUCUCUUCUUUCUAUCGUAUGAUAUUGGAGGGUGGAUCUACUGUUUGUUUAUGUAAUUGUCUUCUUCAUAUUAUUUUUCUGUUUUUUUCUUCUUUUUCAGACAGAAAU